AUGGACCACGCCUCUACGCCCGCAAAGAAUAUUCCACGCCGCACCUCCGCGUCUCUCAACCAGCUUGCCCGCUACGGCCUAGGGUCAAUAGAGGAGCUUGAGUUCAUGUUUGGUUCGACGGCUACGUCUCCUGAAUUUUCUGCUGCCAACAUGUCUGGCCACAUUGGGUCCACAGGCCACUUGGCGCCGAUUGAUGAGGCGACUGCUAGUUCAUAUCACGCUUCAUCGCCCCUUUCCUCUCAUCCUGGAAAGUACGGGAUUCCAUAUCCCAGUUUGGCCUCUCCGACAAUGGGGUCUCCUACCACAGCGUCUGUUCCAAAUGCAGCUGGUGCUGGUCAUGUCGCAGGAUUUAACGCCGAGGUUCACACAGCAAACUACGCACCCUCCACCUCUCAGAGUAUUCAUCAGCAGGGCGCUGGCCUCUCGCUGCUCACAGCUCAGAUCUUGCAGCAUUCUCGUGCCCUUUCGGCCCAGGAGCAGCUUACGCAAUCUCCAGUAGCCAUGAUCGAUGCCCACCUGAAGACGUUCAGCAUGGGCAGCAUGAUCAAUCCUGGCCUCAGCCCAACUCAUUCCGCAGAGUCGUCCUUUCAUGGCCAUUCACUCAACUCAUACCUCAACGGCCUCUUACAGUCCCCCACAAACAUCAGCUCACCUCUCUUUGCUGAGAUGAAUCAAUUUGACCAGAAGCCUCCACCUCCUACUCCUACCGUUGCUGUGGAGGAAUAUGACGAAUUUGGGAUCUUUGGUGGAUUAGAUUUCAACAUCAGCGAUGGCACAAGCGGUCUUCCCAGCAAUGGGUCAGUCUCGUCUCCCCCCAUCCAACCAUUCUCGCCUCCUUCGGGGUCCGAUCAUUCACAAAUGCGACGCUGUGACUCUUUGCGAGCACCGAGUCUGUCGCUGAGUGCGGUCCAGCGUCCUCAUCCCUACCACCGUCGCAGCUCGACCUCCUCUAGUGCAUCUCCCUACAUGCCUGGUUCGCUUAGUAUAUAUGAAUCAGGGAUGAUGGCGGACACGUCGCCCAUCUCUCCCUUUCCCUCCUCAAGCCUGCUUUCGACCUCACCUAUCCCAAUGGAUAUUGUCCUCCCUUCCGUCUCUCCUCAACGUGGCACUACUCGCCUCGUUGGCUCCCUUGGUGCCACUCCCAGCUACGGCCACCUCUAUAGUCAAUUCACCCAGGCGCAGCAAGCGUCCGCUAGUGCGAUCAUCAAGUACAUGAUGGAUCACCCUAAUAUGGCUAUUCCUUCCACCUAUAUCACUGGGGAGCUCGCAGAGAUCAAGGGCACUCGUGGACGCUGCCUAAUUGGCUCGUGCGCCGCCGCAGAAGACAAGAUGAAGCGGGUUGAUCAUUUAUAUGAUCAUAUCCGCGACAAGCACUUCGAGUGCCGUCCGUAUGCCUGCAACCACUGGGAGCAUGACCUCAAAAGACAUUCCCAAAUUCAUGACGGAAAGUCUAUGGAGUGUCAGAUGUGCACAAAGUCGUACACCCGCUUCGACAAUCUCCAGAGGCACAUGCAGCAGAAGCAUGGCCAAUCGACGCUUUCGUCCAAGUUUUCCCUAUGA